AUGGCACCCGACAGGGGUUCCAACGACACUCGCGACGAUAUGGACGGCCACUCGGACGCCGCAUCGGUCCUCUCGUCGCGUGCGCAACAGCCGCAGAACUUCACCCUUCGCUCGCUGCUCCUCGGCUUGGCCAUCGGCACUGUCAUCUGCUUUUCCAACACGUACUUUGGACUGCAGACGGGAUGGGUCUCUAGUAUGGCUAUGCCGAGUGCAUUGCUAGGAUUUGCCUGGUUCAAGGCCGUCUCGAGGACACUAUCUUACCCAUUCACGCCUGUCGAGAAUGUGCUGGUGCAGUCUGUCGCGGGAUCUGUCGGUACCAUGCCUCUGGGAUGCGGAUUUGUUGGCGUGAUCCCAGCUCUUGAGUACCUUCUCAAGCCCGAAGAAACGCAGGGCGAAGGCACUGGUGUACAUCUCUCUCUGGGGAAGCUCAUUGUCUGGGCUGUGGGCAUCUGUUUCUUCGGCGUCGUCUUUGCAGUGCCUUUACGAAGGCAGGUCAUCGUCCGCGAGAAGCUCAAGUUUCCUUCGGGUACAGCGACCGCCCUCAUGAUUGGAGUCCUCCACGGAGGAGAGAAAGAUGCCAAGAUUGUCGACAUGGACAACGAAGACGCACACCAGGGGACCAACAGACAAGUCGAAGAGGAGGAACAAAGGCUCGUUGCGGGUGCCCCUACCCAGCGUCGGAGACAACAAGAAGCUGCCCAAGCUGAGGCUUACGGCGACGAGGAAGCUCUGGACAAGGAUGAUCAUGCCGGUUGGAAAGGCAGGAUCAAGCUUCUGGUCGUCUCGUUUGCUAUCUCCGCCAUAUAUACCCUCAUGUCCUACUUUCUUCCACAAAUACGCGAGAUUCCAUUCCUAGGUAUGUACUUAGCGAAAGACUGGCUCUGGACCAUGAAUCCUUCUCCCGCGUACAUCGGACAAGGUAUCAUCAUGGGUCCUGCGACUACUCUCCAUAUGCUGCUAGGUGCCGUUCUUGGAUGGGGUAUGCUUUCUCCUCUUUCCAAGGCCAGAGGUUGGGCACCCGGUGCUGUCGAUGAUUGGGAGAAAGGUAGCAAAGGCUGGAUCGUUUGGGUCAGUCUGGCGAUUAUGCUUGCAGACUCGAUCGUCAGUCUCGGCUGGUUGGUCCUGCGCCCGACAAUCCACCUCAUUCGCGUCUUUGGUCCACGCGCCAAGGACAGCAUUGCUCGUGGUACCUGGAAGGACGAUCUUCGCAAUUUUACCCAUCCUCAUAUGAGAGGAUACAGUCCAGUCAACCUCAACGAACCCGAUCACGACUCGCCCGAAACUGCUGGCUUGAUCUCCGGCUCCACACAAGCUAAGAAGACUGCGCAAGAUGUGCUGGAGCCAGAUGCCCCACCCGAGCAUCUGAUCAGCAACAAGGUCACACUGAUUGGCCUCGUCUUGUCUCUAGCUGCUUGCGCUGGUGCGGUCCACUACGCUUUCGCGAACCUCAUCCCUUUCGCCCUGACUCUGUUGGCAUUAGUGCUCGCUCUGCUUCUAUCCAUCAUGGGGGUCCGUGCAUUGGGAGAGACAGAUUUGAAUCCAGUGUCUGGAAUAUCAAAAUUAACACAACUGUUCUUCGCCCUCGUCACUCCUUUGGGUUCGCCAAAUGCGGUGAUCAUCAACCUGAUCGCCGGCGCCAUCAGUGAGUCUGGUGCGUUGCAAGCGGGCGACCUAAUGCAGGAUCUGAAGACCGGGCACUUAAUCGGCGCGAGUCCGAAAGCCCAGUUUUGGGGUCAGAUCGUCGGAAGUGCUUUCGGAGCUGUGAUCAGUGCUUGUAUAUACAAGCUCUAUACUCGAGUAUACGAGGUUCCUGGAGGCAUGUUCCAGGUACCUACUGCUUACGUCUGGGUAUUCACCGCACGCCUGGUCACUGGACAAGGCUUACCUCCUAUGGUACCUGAAUGGGCGGCAGGUGCAGCUACUGUGUUUGCCGUCUUCACAGCUCUGCGGAUAUACGGUAAUUCGAUAGGAGCGAAGUGGACUCCGUUCGUUCCUGGAGGAAUCGCAGUCGCCGUUGGUAUGUACAACACCCCAUCGUUCACCAUGGCACGGACGAUCGGUGGCUUGAUCAACUGGUACUGGCGCGAUUGGCGUAAGGAGUCGGAAACUCCCAUCAUCAUUCUCGCCAGUGGACUCAUUCUGGGAGAAGGACUGUUUAGUAUAGUCAACCUUGGACUAGCAUCUCUGCAAGUACCACACUUGUAG